AUGAACUUGGCCCUUUUACAAAUCACAAUGGAAUUAAACCCAACCUCAUACGAAGAAGAAUCUUCUCAAAGCACAUCAAACCCUUUAAACAUUUUCUAUCACGAUUUUUCGAGAACAAUUGAAACUUAUCCCAAUAUUAAACAAAACGAGUAUUUUUAUAUGCCACCCCAAGCCAAUUACGAGCGUUUCGAUAGUUUUGACCAUAAUCAGGACUUGCAAAAUUACUGGAAUAUUCAGCAGAAGCAUUGGUGUAAUAGUGAUAACAAUAACCAGUUUAGUGAAAGUGAUGAAUUCAGAAAGCCACAUGAAGAUUUUCAAGAAGACACAAUGGAUUUUGGACUGAAUAGUAAUGAAGAAGACUAUGCAAAUGCGUUGGUUAACGUUCAGGAUAUUGAAUUUUCACGUAAUGAAUCUAAAGAACAAAUUUAUGUUAAUAAACCAAGAAAAGAAAGGACAGCUUUUACCAAAAACCAAAUUCGAGAUUUGGAAAAAGAGUUCCUUAGAUCAAAUUAUUUGACAAGGCUUCGAAGAUAUGAAAUAGCUGUGGCAUUGGAUUUAACAGAAAGACAAAAGAAAAGUUUAGGAUUACUCUGUUCCAGGUCAAAGUCUGGUUUCAAAAUCGAAGAAUGA